UCCCCCCCCUACAUCCUCAUCUCUCUCCUUUCCAUUGCAUUGAGCUGGAGUAAAGGAGCACGGCUUGAGCUUCGGUACAUCUCUAUCUCUAUUUCCCUUCCAUCACAAUGCAGCGCUUCGCAACCAGGGCGCGCACUUCGGCGCUGAAGAGCUCCCGGAGCUUUAACCUCCAGCAGCAGAGGUUCGCACACAAGGAGCUCAAGUUCGGCGUCGAGGGCCGCGCAGCUCUCCUGAGGGGUGUUGACACACUUGCAAAGGCCGUCUCCACAACUCUCGGGCCUAAGGGCCGGAAUGUCUUGAUCGAGUCGAGCUACGGCUCGCCCAAGAUCACCAAGGAUGGUGUCACUGUCGCAAAGGCCAUCACCCUCCAGGACAAGUUCGAGAACCUCGGCGCACGCCUUCUCCAGGAUGUCGCCUCCAAGACCAACGAGGUGGCCGGUGAUGGUACUACCACUGCUACCGUCCUCGCUCGCGCCAUCUUCUCCGAGACGGUUAAGAACGUUGCCGCCGGCUGCAACCCCAUGGACCUGAGGCGAGGAACCCAGGCUGCCGUCGAGGCGGUCGUCGAGUACCUCCAGGCCAACAAGAAGGACAUCACUACCAGCGAGGAAAUCUCACAGGUCGCCACCAUCUCCGCGAACGGUGACACUCACAUUGGCAAGCUUCUCUCUAACGCCAUGGAGAAGGUUGGAAAGGAGGGUGUCAUCACCGUCAAGGAGGGCAAGACCAUUGAGGACGAGCUUGAGGUCACUGAGGGCAUGAAGUUCGACCGUGGCUACAUCUCUCCCUACUUCAUUACCGACACCAAGUCCCAGAAGGUUGAGUUUGAGAAGCCCUUGAUCCUCCUCUCCGAGAAGAAGAUCUCCGCCGUCCAGGACAUUGUCCCCGCUCUCGAGGCCUCCCAGCAGCUCCGCCGACCGCUCGUCAUCAUUGCUGAGGACAUUGAAGGUGAGGCUCUCGCUGUCUGCAUCCUCAACAAGCUCCGUGGUCAGCUCCAGGUUGCCGCCGUCAAGGCUCCUGGCUUCGGUGACAACAGGAAGUCCAUCUUGGGCGACCUUGCCGUGCUCAGCAACGGUACCGUCUUCAGCGAUGAGCUCGACAUCAAGCUCGAGAAGUGCACUCCCGACAUGCUCGGCUCCACUGGCUCCAUCACCAUCACCAAGGAGGACACCGUUCUUCUAAACGGCGAGGGAACCAAGGAUGCCGUUGCCCAGCGCUGCGAGCAGAUCCGCGGCGUUAUGAAUGACCCCACCACUUCCGAAUACGAGAAGGAGAAGCUCCAGGAGCGUCUUGCCAAGCUCUCCGGUGGUGUCGCCGUCAUCAAGGUCGGCGGUGCCUCCGAGGUUGAGGUUGGUGAGAAGAAGGACCGCAUCGUCGAUGCAUUGAACGCCACUCGUGCUGCCGUUGAGGAGGGUAUCCUCCCCGGUGGUGGCACUGGUCUCCUCAAGGCCUCCGUCAACGCUCUCGGUGGCGUCAAGGCUGCCAACUUCGACCAGCAGCUUGGUAUCACCAUCGUCAAGAACGCCAUCACGGCGCCCGCCCGCAAGAUUGUCGAGAACGCUGGGGCUGAGGGAUCCGUCGUUGUCGGCAAGCUCACUGACGAGUUCGCCAACGACUUCAACAAGGGAUACAACAGCGCCCAGGGUGAGUACGUCGACAUGAUCAAGGCCGGUAUCCUCGACCCCUUCAAGGUCGUCAAGACUGCCCUCCGCGACGCCAGCGGUGUCGCCUCUCUUCUCGGCACCACUGAGGUUGCGAUCGUCGACGCACCUGAGGAGAAGGGCGCCGCACCACCCAUGGGCAUGGGUGGUAUGGGCGGCAUGGGAGGAAUGGGUGGCAUGAUGUAAAAGCCGCCUGCGACCGACUAAUAUUCUAAUACCCCCGUUCCACUAUACCCUCUUUUAGUCCUCGAGUCUUUCCCAGCGCUGGUCUGUACAUGAUACGGGUUUGGUACUCCACUCUUCUUCUCCCCUGUCUUUGUAGUCCUGUUUGAAAAGCGUGGCAUUAUCUGUAAUUUUGUGGAUUUGUACAAUAUUGUGUAUCUAGAAAGCCUUGGGAAGGACGAGAUGUAAAAGCGAUCAAGGAAUGCGAAGACGUU